GUCUCUGUAGGAUUAGAAAAUGCAGUCUCUGUACUGGUCAGGUAUUAACUCAGAUAUAUAUUUAUACAAGCAAGAAAAAGAGUUCUUUGGGCAAGAAAUAGGACUACAAAAUGUACCAGCAAAAAAUGGGACAAAGCCAGGAAACAAGAGGAUAAAAAUAAAGUUAUAAUAUCCUUAGCUGGUGGAACAUUUUCUCAAUAUACCCUGCUCUGUCCUGAAUCUACCAAGCAUCAUGCCCAGCUUACUCAAGUGCUCAACACCAGGAUCUCUGUGAUGGUCUCAGCUUUCCAUUCACUGUUAUUCCCCAUCCCUUUUGUGUCUGAGGAUCAUACAAAUAGUUCUCAAGGUUUACCCUGUGCCCUCUCAACCUGGGUACAGAAGAUACCAAUAGCGAGUCCAGAUGCCAGAAACUAACAGCAGUCAACCGGGGCAAAAUCUGCAUAAAUACAGCAGUGAGAAGGGAGGACCCCUCUAUGAGACUUACUAUCGUCUAAACCAGCAGUAUCCCUUCAUCGUGAUUCUACUUUUCAUUAUCUUGGCAACAUGUUGCUCCCUUAUAAUCGUCACCUUUGCCAGUGGUCGGACCUUCAUAGACAACCGCGGUUUCCUGGUGAGCAUUUUCUGCGCCCUGGGUGUGUUCAGUAUCCUCAUACUUCUCCUUUGCAUGGAAACUGUGGUCCAGAAGGGCAUAAAGUUCCUUGCAGUCAUCAUUUGGGGAUGCCUAGUUACCAUGGGUUACGUAUUCAUUUUCACAAGCGGCAUUGUAUCACCAUGGGACCAGGUAUAUUGGACGUUGUUUGUGACCAUCAGCCUGUACACAAUGCUGCCUUUGUAUAUGAAAGGUGCUAUCCUUGCUGCAGUAUUCUGUUCAGUUUCACAUAUCAUAGUCCUGAGCAUCUACAUUUCUGUAUCCCGUCAUCUGCCUGAAGUUGAUCUAGCCCUACAGAUGUUGGCAGACACGGUCAUCUUGUUGUGUGGAAACGUUGUUGGAGGUUACCACAAGCGCGUUACAGAGAGUGCAUUAAAGCACACGUACCAUGAGGCCAUCAACUUCAUUCAGUCUCGACGAAAACUGGACUCUCAGGAGAGACAGCAGGAACAAUUACUACUGUCUAUCCUUCCUGUUUACAUUGCAUCAGAGAUGAAAGCUGAAAUCAUGGCAAGGGUAAAAGAAAAGAGACCUGAGCCAGAGAAUACCAAUAACUUCCAUAACCUUUACAUCAAGAGACACAAAGAUGUCAGCAUCCUGUACGCUGACAUUGUGGGCUUCACACUUCUCUCAAGUGAGUGUUCUCCAAAGGAGUUGGUCCUCAUGUUAAACGAGCUCUUCGGGAAGUUUGAUCAGAUCGCAAAAGAUAACGACUGUAUGCGUAUCAAGAUCCUGGGGGACUGUUAUUACUGUGUGUCAGGUCUACCUGAAUUCUUGCCUAAUCAUGCCAAAAACUGUGUACAAAUGGGUUUAGACAUGUGCCAGGCUAUCCGGAAGUUGAGGAAGGCCACAGGUGUGGAUAUCAAUAUGCGAGUCGGAGUUCACUCUGGAAAUGUGCUCUGUGGUGUAAUUGGGCUUCAGAAAUGGCAGUAUGAUGUUUGGUCACAUGAUGUAACAUUAGCCAAUCACAUGGAGGCUGGAGGUGUUCCAGGGAGGGUGCACAUCACAGAGGCCACUAUGUCACAUUUAGAAAAUGAUUAUGAGGUGGAGGAAUCAACAUCUGGACACAGAGACCCCUAUCUAAAGGAGAAUAAUAUAAAAACAUAUCUGGUCAUUGAUCCUAGGGCCACAGAUGGUGAAGAAGAAGACAUCUUGCCAACUAAGUCUUCUGAGAUUCCCAAGAUGAGGGCUUCUGUCCGUAUGACACGCUAUUUGGAAUCUUGGGGGGCAGCCAAGCCUUUUGCCCAUCUGAACCAUCGAGACAGCCUGAUUCCUGAGGAUCAUGCAACUUUUAGCAAUUCUGAUCUUCAGAUGUCUCAACUUCCCCAAAACUGGAGUCAAGACAAGAUUCGCUCUCCCAAAGACACCAAUGAGUCAUUGAAUGAAAGCAUCUUUCAGAUUUUAGAGGAACUCAACUCACAGAGGCAAUGGAAGAGAUCUAAAGAUCUUAACUGGAUCACACUGUAUUUCCAUGACAAAUCCAUAGAGAAAGAGUACCGGCUUUCAGAUCUACCAUCCUUUAAGUAUUACACAGCGUGUUGCUUCUUCAUUUUCACCUGCAACUUCAUUAUUCAGAUGCUGGUAUCCCCAAAAACUGCAGCUCUGGGUAUCUCGUAUGGCAUUUCUUUUUUCUUCUUCUUGCUUCUCCUCUUUACGUCUUUUGCUGGACAUUUAGCGAAGUGUGUCCAAAAAGGCCCUCAGCUAUUACAUUGGGUACCCUCUGUUUCCUCUGCAAUUUCAAGCCGCCCAUGGCUCAGAGUGCCCCUUGGAAUUCUCACUAUAUUUAUAGUGCUGUUCAUGGCUAUUUUCAAUCUGUUUUUUCUUCCGGAUCCCUCUUGUCCAGAGGCCCCCUUGAAUUCCUCACAAUCAUCAAAUCCAGAACCUCAAAUGCUAUAUAGCUUACCGUAUUACAUGUAUUGCUGCCUUCUUGGACUCCUAGCCUGCUCGGCCUUCUUGCUUAUGAACUUUGAAGUCAAGUUAAUCCUGCUGAGCAUCGCUUUGGUUAUAUACAAUGUGAUCUUCCUGCAUACACACAGCUGGCUAUCUGACUGUUAUGUUAAUUGGCUGUAUACGAAUCAGAGUUUUCCUGGACCUGGAGUCCUGAAGGAACCAAAGCUUAUGGGAAGCAUCUCAUUGUUCAUAUUCUUCUUCACACUCCUCGCGUUAGCCAGGCAGAAUGAGUACUACUGCCGCCUUGACUUUUUAUGGAAAAAGAAGUUUAAGACUGAACGAGAAAAUAUUGAAACCAUGGAAAACGUGAAUCGUGUUCUGCUAGAGAACGUCCUCCCAGCUGAUGUUGCCCAACAGUUUAUAGGGCAAAACCUUAGGAAUGAGGACCUGUAUUACCAGUCAUAUGACUGCGUUUGUGUUCUCUUUGCCUCCAUCCCUGACUUUAAGGAGUUUUACACUGAGUGUGAUGAGAAUCAUGAAGGCCUGGAAUGUCUGCGUCUGCUCAAUGAGAUUAUAGCAGACUUUGAUGAGCUGCUUUCAAAACCUAAGUUCAGCAGCGUGGAGAAAAUCAAAACCAUUGGCAGCGCGUAUAUGGCGGCAACAGGACUAAAUGCUACUUCAGGGCAAGAAAAUCUACAGGAUGGAGAGCGGAAUUAUAAUCAUGUUGGGAUUAUGGUGGAGUUCGCUAUCGCUUUAAUUGGAAAAUUAGAUGUUAUCAAUAAACACUCAUUUAACAACUUCAAACUCCGCAUUGGUAUUAAUCACGGACCUGUAGUAGCUGGUGUUAUAGGAGCUCAAAAACCACAGUAUGACAUCUGGGGAAACACUGUGAAUGUGGCAAGUCGGAUGGACAGCACUGGAGUUCUGGGUAAAAUUCAGGUUACAGAAGAAACUGCCAAGGUCCUUCAAAAGCUGGGGUACACAUGUGAACGAAGAGGUGUUAUCAAAGUCAAGGGCAAAGGUCAACUCUGCACUUAUUUUGUUUCCACGGAUAUGGCCCGUUCAAGUUCCCAGGGCAACGUUUUAAACUAAAUGGGAAAAUGGACUACACACAAGGAAUGCUUUUGUAGCACCACUAUACCAAAAAUGUCAUAAGGAGACUGUCAGUAAAGCUUUUGAGACAAAGUACCAGCCCAUGCCCUUAAGUAGCUGAGCUGCCAAGUUAUUUGACUAUCCAAGCCUCCUUGACUCAAAUUGUUGUAGAUUUAGUCUGAAGGAUCCCUCAGUUCUUCUGGCCAAUUUUGGCCAAAGUUGAAUGGAAGAGUUUGGAAACAAAGCCUACCACUGCCAAUAAAAAAACUUUUCUGCAGGAAAAAAGUAAAAAUACUCUGGUGUACAUUUGCCAGGGUGCAUCAGAUAUAUUCCUAACAACUUAAAAAGCACAAGAAUGUUUAUAAGUUAUAGCUGUGUUUACGUGGGUAGAGCAGUUAUUGGGAGCACAUCAGUGCCCACAGUCCAAAGCAGAAAUGGACAACACAGACUUAAAGUAAAAAAAUAUAUACAUAUUAAAAUAGUACAAUUAAAGAUAAAGAAAGAAGAGAAUUGUUCUGUUCUGUGAUUGCCAGGAUGCGUCCAUCUAAUAUAUUCCUAGCAACGUUAUAAAGUACAAGAACCUUUGUGGAACACAGUGCUGCCAUAAGUUUAAAGUGGAGCAGGACAACAGAGACUCUUAAGUUUUAAAGAUAGACAACUAAUGAAACAGGAACAAACAACACACAACAUUUUAAACACCUAUGCAUUUGGUCAUUGCACCAUUAUGCCAUUAUAUUCGCAGGUUUGCAAUGAACCACAUGCAAUAAAAAAUAAUGGUCUUAAAUGUAAAAUGAAUAAGCUGGAACUGGAGAAUGGUUUUAUCUGUACAUAUGGCACCUCUCUGUACAGCGCUAAAGAUACUGUAAAAUAUAUUUAUGUAUGCA